ACCCAAAGAAGAAGAAGUCGUACCGGAAACCGUCCACCAAAGACAUGCGCAGUCUGCUGGAGUUCCUCCCGACUUGUAAACCGGUUUCCCCGCGUGAGUCCAACUCUUUUAGCCACACGGUUCUUCAGAUACAACCGGAAGCACCCACCAGAACCCGGAUGUGUGGACACGUCACUACCCACCAGAACCCGGAUGUGUGGACACACUUGUUGAAGUGGACUUUGUACAAACCUCAGACUCACGAAGCUAGCGUCGCGUGCUAGCAGGAAGUAGCCGGAGACGGAACUCGGCCACUGCGCAGUCGCAGUGGCUCUUGAUAGAGACUAAACGAUGUGUUGCAUCGACCCACAACGUGCACGUGGACCUGUCUGAGUGGACUCUGUGUGGUUCCGCUUCAUUGAACACGUCCGGAUCGUCUCCUCGUGUCCUGCGGAGCUCAUGACGUCAGCGCGCCAGCAGGAGGGAGACGGACCCGAACGGAGCCGAGCGACACCGAGCGGGGCCGAGUGAGAGACGCGUUUUUAACGGAGUUGUCUGGAGGAAACGUUUUCUGAAGAUGUCUAAAGUCCAACAGCUGAGAUGUUUAGUCAACCAGCGACUAACUGCGGCUGCGCAAGAGAUCUUGGGUCUGUUUGAAAGAACGAUAGCAGAGUACGAGGAGGAACUUUGUAGUUCCAGAGAGGAGAACGAGCGACACCGGAAACGACUGGACGCCGUGUUCAACCCGGAAGUCCGGUUACAAAGAGCAGACGUCCAGCAGCUGUUGGUGGUUCAACAAGAGGUUCCCCCUGAUCAGCAGGUCUGGAGCUCCAGUCUGGAACAGGAGGACCCAGAGCCCCCACACAUUAAAGAGGACCAGGAGGACCCUGAGCCCCCACACAAGGACCCAGAGCCCCCACACAUUAAAGAGGAACAGGAAGACCCAGAGCCCCCUCACAUUAAAGAGGAACUGUGGACCAGUCAGGAGGGAGAUCAGCUUCCAGGGCUGGAGCAGGCUGGGUUCACGUUCUCAUUCACUCCUGUGAAGAGUGAAGAUGACGAAGAGGAAGCUCAGUCCUCUCAGCUUCAUCAAAGACAAACUGGACAUAUGGAAACAGAAGCUGAGGGAGAGGAUUGUGGAGGACCAGAACCAGACAGGAACUCAGAUCCAGAUGACUGUGAUGAUUGGAAGGAGACCAGAGAACCUCAGUCAGGUUUAAACUCUCUGAAUAAUGAUGAAGUUCAUGUCAGUGAUUCAAAAUGUAGUUCUGGUGAGAAACCGUUAAGCUGCUCUGAAUGUGGGAAAAAAUUUCACCUCAAGGGAGUUUUGAAUAAACACAUGAGAAUCCACACAAGAGAGAAACCCUUCAGCUGCUCAGUUUGUAAAACAUCUUUUACACAGAGUGGAACUUUAAAGGGUCACAUGUUAACUCACACAGGAGAGAAACCAUUCAGCUGCUCAGUUUGUGAAGCAUCUUUUAUUAGUAGGGGUCAUUUAAAGUGUCACAUGUUAACUCACACAAGAGAGAAACCCUUCAGCUGCUCAGUCUGUGAGCAAAGCUUUAAGCGCAAGUCAACUCUGAAGAGACACAUGUUAACUCACACAGAAGAGAAACCAUUCAGCUGCUCAGUUUGUGAUCAAAGCUUUAAGCGCAAGGCAAAUCUGAAGAGACACAUGUUGAAUCACACAGGAGAGAAACCCUUCAGCUGCUCAGUCUGUGAAGCAUCUUUUUUUAGUAGGGGUCAUUUAAAGGGUCACAUGUUAAAUCACAAAGGAGAGAAACUUUUCAGCUGCUCAGUCUGUAAAACAUCUUUUAUACGGAGAGAUCAUUUAAAUAGACACAUGUUAACUCACACAGGAGAGAAACCUUUCAGCUGCUCAGUCUGUAAAACAUCUUUUACACAGAGAGGAACUUUAAAGGGUCACAUGUUAACUCACACAGGAGAGAAACCCUUUUGCUGCUCUGUCUGUAAAGCAUCUUUUACACUGAGGGGAGCUUUAAAUAGACACAGGUUGACUCACACAGGAAAGAAACCUUUCAGCUGCUCAGAGUGUAAAACAUCUUUUGCACAUAAGGACACUUUAAAUACUCACAUGCUAACUCACACAGGAGAGAAACCUUUCAGCUGCUCAGUCUGUAAAACAUAUUUUACACGGAGAGAUCAUUUAAAUAGACACAUGUUACAUAGCUGCAAACUUGUCGCCCUUUGACCAAAUUCUGCGUUUUGAGAUCAGAAUGUGUCAUCCACGUGAAUCGUGUAGAUGCAACCUGAGUUUCUGAGGUCGAGCAGACUGUAUUUCAUCAGUUAUCGGUCCAGUUCCGCGGCUUUUGUGUGAUACAAUUACAGUUACUGUACUUUACUGCUGCGGUGAGGAUCUGCCUUGUUUUGAGUGCUUUCUUCUUAUUCUGUUUCUUCAUUUCUAACUAACACACACACACACACACACACCCCUCACCCCGUUAUUGCUUUAUGU